GCCUCAUCAAUAUUAGAUCCGCAGCAUUAAUUCUAGAUCUACCCAACUUCAGUUAUGUUUCUCGUCCCCUACAUUUGCCGUUCCAUUCCUUCCUGGCCGCGCUGCCUGUAGCCCAAUGCUGAUCUUACAGCUGUAGAUAUAUAUAUCACUGUCGUCGAUAACGUGUGGUAGCAAGCUUGGUUGUUACAGCUGUUGCCCCUACAGGAAGUUGGAGGCGGACAGAAGCUUUUGACCCUGGUUAUCUCUAGAUGUGGCAACCGAAAAGAUACAGCUUGCUGUCUCUGGGCGUUUCUUGGACAGAAGCAAGCUUUCUCACCGGGAGAAGUACUCCAUUUCGAGGCGAUCCCGAUGCAACAGCGAAUACUGCGAGACGAUCCAACUCCCCAUGUUGCCCUUGCGCGGCGGCUAGUUGCGCAGGCCCGGUGCAGCCCUGGACAGAGAAUUUAUUGGCCCCAGCAUCGAAACUGGCCGAGUCCAGGCAGCAAUCCUCGGAGCUACAGCAGCAAACUAAUGCGAGGCGCCGUAUCACAAGGACCCGGUCACGAUCGUCGCCCCCGAUAUUGGGAUGUGGAAGCCCAGCAAUCCACAGCACGUCGCCGUUACCGACUCUCGCUGGGGCAGCGACCAUCGCGGCUGUGAUCACACCCAGUUUGGCGCGGGGCGGCGGUGGCGGCGCCGAUGUAGGAGUCAGGGGGAGACAUGGCCGGUUUGGUGCGCUAGCUUCAGCACCAAGACAGGACCGAAACGUUCUGGUUCCCCGCCACGCGGGUGCCCUCAUGACAUGGUGCUAAGGUUUCUUCAUUAACGGUUUGUUCCGUGUGUUUCUCUCUAGUAAUACAGCGUUUCUGUGGGAUGAGAGACUAGGCACGAACCAGUUGACUGUCUGUCGCGCCCACGUCGUUCAUUCUCGACAGGCACACCCUUUGCAC